UGGUUACUUUUCUUUCCUUCGAGUUUUCUCGAGAACCAGACGGGAAACUUUGAAUCUCCAGAUCGAUUUUUCCCCGGAGAAUGCGAUCGGAGCUCGGAAACUGAGUAACUUCGGCUCUAUUCUCGGUGUGUUCGUCAACGAUCGGAGCAUGGGGAAGAUGUUUACAGUGUUAGUAGUGUUCUUCUCAUUUCUCUCGUUACUCCUUCUUCCAUCGGAAUCAGCGGUUUCGAGUGUGGAUCUAGGUUCGGAAUGGGUAAAAGUCGCAGUAGUUAACCUGAAACGAGGACAGAGUCCAAUCUCUGUAGCCAUCAACGAGAUGUCCAAGAGGAAAUCCCCAGCUUUGGUAGCAUUCCACUCUGGCGACAGAUUACUAGGCGAGGAAGCUGCAGGGAUCACUGCUCGUUACCCGAACAAAGUUUACUCACAGCUUAGGGACAUGGUUGGGAAGCCUUUCAAACACGUCAAGGAUUUUAUCGAUUCUGUUUACUUGCCGUUUGGUAUCGUGGAAGAUUCUAGAGGUGCAGCUGGUAUUAAGAUUGAUGAUGGUGCAACUGUUUACUCGGUGGAGGAGUUGUUGGCUAUGAUCUUGGGGUAUGGAUCAGACUUGGCUGAGUUUCAUGCGAAGGCUCCGGUUAAGGAUAUGGUUGUUUCGGUUCCGCCUUACUUUGGGCAGGCUGAGAGACGGGGUUUGAUCCAGGCUUCUCAGUUGGCUGGGGUUAAUGUCCUCUCACUCGUUCAUGAGCAUUCCGGUGCGGCUUUGCAGUAUGGGAUUGAUAAGGAUUUCUCUAAUGGGUCGAGACAUGUUAUAUUUUAUGACAUGGGUUCGAGUAGUACUUAUGCAGCUCUUGUCUAUUACUCAGCUUAUAAUGAGAAGGAAUUUGGCAAGACUGUUUCUGUCAAUCAGUUUCAGGUCAAGGAUGUUAGAUGGGACUCGGGACUUGGAGGACAGAGCAUGGAGAUGCGCUUGGUAGAGUACUUUGCAGAUGAGUUUAAUAAACAGCUCGGUAAUGGAGUUGAUGUCAGGAAGUUCCCUAAAGCAAUGGCUAAACUGAAAAAACAAGUCAAACGUACGAAGGAAAUUCUGAGUGCAAACACUGCCGCUCCAAUAUCUGUUGAGUCUCUCCAUGAUGAUCGUGACUUCAGGAGCACGAUUUCCCGUGAGAAGUUUGAGGAACUAUGCAAAGAUCUUUGGGAGAGAUCUCUUACACCUUUAAAAGAUGUGCUCAAGCAUUCAGGUUUGAAGAUUGAUGAUAUAUAUGCAGUGGAGCUAAUAGGAGGAGCUACUAGAGUCCCCAAACUACAGAGCACGAUCCAGGAAUUUAUUGGGAAGCAAGAUUUAGACAAGCAUUUGGAUGCUGAUGAGGCUAUUGUCCUUGGGUCAGAACUACAUGCUGCUAACUUGAGCGAUGGAAUCAAAUUGAAACGUAGGCUAGGUAUAGUUGAUGGUUCCCCCUAUGGUUUCUUAGUUGAGUUGGAAGGUCCAAAUGUCAAGAAAGAUGAGAGCGCAAAGCAACAACUCGUACCACGGAUGAAAAAGCUACCGAGCAAGAUGUUCAGAUCCUUUGUCCUUGACAAAGAUUUUGAUGUGUCACUUGCAUAUGAUUCGGAGGAUAUCCUACCCCCAGGAAUUACCUCCCCUGUGUUUGCACAGUAUUCUGUAUCUGGCUUGGCGGAUGCAACUGAGAAGUACUCUUCCCGCAAUUUAUCAGCACCUAUCAAGGCAAAUUUGCAUUUCUCUUUAAGUAGAAGUGGGAUUCUCAGUCUAGAUCGGGGAGACGCUGUCAUUGAAAUCACAGAAUGGGUAGAAGUUCCUAAGAAGAACGUGACUGUUGAUAAUAACACAACCUCAACAACAGGGAAUGCCUCUACUGGAGCUCCCUCUGACGAGAAUUUACAAGAAAACAAAGAAGAGCUACAAGCUGAUGCUGAAAACAGCAGUGCUUCAAAUACAACCACAGAAGAACCAGCUGUGGUUGACUUGGGCACAGAAAAAAAACUGAAGAAGCGAACAUUCAGGGUUCCUCUGAAGGUAGUUGAGAAAACUGUUGGACCUGGAGCACCUUUUACGAAAGAGUCUCUUGAUGCAGCUAAGAUAAAAUUAGAAGCCUUAGACAAGAAAGAUAGGGAAAGAAGAAGAACAGCCGAGUUGAAAAACAACCUUGAAUCUUAUGUUUAUGCUACCAAAGAGAAGCUAGAAACACCCGAAUUUGAAAAGGUUUCCACCCAAGAAGAGCGCAAGGCUUUCGUUGAGAAGCUUGAUGAGGUGCAAGAUUGGCUUUACAUGGAUGGAGAAGAUGCUAAUGCCACUGAGUUUCUGGACCGGCUUGACUCACUAAAAGCCAUAGGCAGUCCCAUAUCUUUGCGGUCAGAGGAGCUUACAGCACGACCAGUAGCAGUUGAAUACGCUCAAAAAUACCUAACCGAAGUGAAAGAGAUCAUAAAAGAGUGGGAGACGAACAAAACUUGGCUUCCGAAAGGAAAAAUCGACGAGGUGUCAAAGGAAGCAGAGAAAGUAAAAAGCUGGUUGGAGAAGAAUGAAGCUGAGCAGAAAAAGAGUGCUCUGUGGAGCAAGCCAGUGUUCACCUCAGAUGAAGUGUACGCCAAAGUAUUUACUCUGCAAGACAAGGUGACGAAGGUUAGUAGGAUACCAAAGCCAAAGCCAAAGAUAGAGAAAGCAACCAAGAAGGAGAACACAUCCAAGGAGGAGGAACAAUCAAAGUCCCCAGACUCAACCAGUUCUUCUGAAUCUGAAUCAGCCAAUGAAGAAGAAGGGAGCCACGAGGAGCUUUGAUUAACAUAUUUUUACAUCUAAUAACAGACUUUUAUUUUGUGUGUGUUUUAAGUGUCAAAAAAUAGGAAAGGUUAAUAAAGCCAAGCUGGGAUGAGCAGAUAUGAUUUUAUUCCUUUCUCAUCUUCUUCCCAUUAGAAAAGAAAUAUUAAUGUUCAGUUUUGGUCUCUUUCUUUCAUUUGAACUUUAAUAUAGUGGAAUUUCACAUU